UCUCUGCUCUCGCUCCCUCCAUCCCCCCAACCCCCACCCCGUGUCCGCCUGUUUGCUAUGCUACACAGGUGGGCUUCAGAGAACAACCUGCAGACUUGGUUAUUUCUUCCACAGUGUGAGUGCCUGGACUCAAACUCAGGUCGCAAGGUCUGGCAGCUCCUUUACCCGCCGAGCCAUCUCCACACACCUCACCCUCCACGGCUCUUCUGAGACAGGCCUACCCAGCUCAGCUCUCCAUGUGGUCGUGAAUGGGACUCCAUCUCCACCCCUUGAACUCCUCCAGCAGCAACUCUUCCGAGUUCUUCUACCCACAGUCCUCCUGUGCUCCACAGCUUACUCAUCUUCCUGUUUCCAGCAUCCCUUCCCACAGUCCCCAGCCUUAGCCAGUCCUUCCUCUUUGUCCAUCCCCAGAGGACACUGUGGUGACUUUACAUAGUUCUCUGCUUCCUGCUGGCGUCCUAGCAGAUGCAGUACUCCAAGCUGCAUCUUCCCAACUCAAUGCUCUCCUGUGUUAUUUCCUGAGUCUUGUAGAACAUUCCAUCCCAUUGGUACUUAAUCGUGCCCAUGCUUACUCCCUAAGACCUCAGUGAGCAUGGUACCUGUGGUGUCUUUAACUCCUCCAUAAACAUUGCCUUCAUCUGUUUUUUUUCCUGCGCACCCAUCUUUAUGUCUGAUUGCUUGCACAGACACUCCCAUUGACAUUAGAGCCACUUCUUGUCCAACCUUCAUCCUGCCUUCUCAAGUUGUCCUUUUGCUUAGCCUUCCACAAAACAAACCUGGAACUCUGUCCUCGUGAACCAUCUCCUAUGAUGUUCCCCUGAGCCUCCAAAGAGGGGGCUCAGGGGGCCCGAUGGCCUCCCGCCCCCCGUGGCCCUGUAGCCCCAGUGGGCCAGGGGAAGAACCUAGGAAGCCCCAGCGCCCAGGAUGGGCAACCGCACGUGGGAGGGCUGCCACGUGGACUCUCGAGUGGACCACCUCUUCCCGCCAUCCCUCUACAUCUUUGUCAUCGGGGUGGGGCUGCCUACCAACUGCCUGGCUUUGUGGGCUGCCUACCGCCAGGUACGCCAGCGCAAUGAGCUAGGUGUGUACCUGAUGAACCUGAGCAUCGCAGACCUGCUCUACAUCUGCACGCUGCCGUUGUGGGUCGACUACUUCCUCCACCACGACAACUGGAUCCAUGGCCCCGGCUCCUGCAAGCUCUUUGGCUUCAUCUUCUACAGCAACAUCUACAUUAGCAUUGCCUUCCUGUGCUGCAUCUCGGUGGACCGCUACCUGGCAGUGGCCCAUCCGCUGCGCUUUGCCCGUUUGCGCCGGGUCAAGACAGCAGUGGCUGUGAGCUCUGUGGUUUGGGCCACCGAGCUGGGCGCCAACUCUGCACCACUCUUCCACGACGAGCUCUUUCGAGAUCGCUACAACCACACCUUCUGCUUCGAGAAGUUCCCCAUGGAGAGCUGGGUGGCCUGGAUGAAUCUGUACCGUGUCUUCGUGGGCUUUCUUUUCCCCUGGGCACUCAUGUUGCUGUGCUACCGCGGCAUCCUGCGAGCCGUGCAGAGCAGUGUGUCCACGGAGCGCCAGGAGAAGGUCAAGAUCAAGCGUCUGGCUCUGAGCCUCAUCGCCAUCGUGUUGGUGUGCUUUGCACCCUACCAUGCCCUCCUGCUGUCUCGAAGCGCUGUCUACCUGGGUCGGCCCUGGGACUGUGGCUUCGAGGAGCGAGUCUUCUCCGCCUACCACAGCUCCCUGGCCUUCACCAGCCUCAAUUGUGUGGCCGACCCCAUCCUCUACUGUCUGGUCAAUGAGGGAGCCCGCAGUGACGUGGCCAAGGCCCUACACAACCUCCUGCGUUUCCUGGCCAGCGACAAGCCCCAGGAAAUGGCCAGUGCUUCCCUCACCCUGGAGACACCCUUGACCUCCAAGAGGAGCACCACCGGCAAGGCCUCCGGAGCUAUCUGGGCAGUGCCUCCGACUGCCCAAGGGGACCAGGUGCCGCUGAAGGUGCUGCUGCCACCAGCACAGUGAGCUCCAUCCUCAUGCCCCACCCCUCCCUGCUGAAUGCAAAUGUAUGUAAAUAUGACCGUGUGAAUCUUCGUAAA